AUGAAGGCUCAAGUCACAGCAAUAAUAGGGCUUUUGACAAGCAUAACCCCGCUUGUCUGGGCCACUGACCGUGUGCUCAAACAUGGCUCCCCGGAGUCCGUCGGACUUCUGCCACAGCCUUUGCAGGAGAUGCCCGCGAACCUGAGUCGCUUCACGCUGCCGGCCAACUAUAGUUCCUACACAUAUGAUGAAAUUCACCCCAUUCAACCAGGUGGAACGGUGAUCGUUGGCCAUAAAUCUACCGUGGUCAGUGCUUUUGCCUUUGGCCAUACCAGUUUAUACGCCAAUGCCAAUGGCACGCUCCUGCCCAGGAGUGAAUGGACCUCGACACGAAUGGAUACCAUCUAUGACAUGGCCAGUUUGACCAAAGUCUUUACGGCGGUGGCUGCGCUGCGUGCAAUUGAAGAGGGGAAACUCGCCUUGCACAAGACAGUCGCUUCUUACCUUCCCGAAUUCGCGACAAACGGGAAAGAAAAUGUCACAAUCUUGAUGCUUGUUACCCAUACAAGCCUGUGGACGCCAACGUACAAGACUAUGCAGCAGCGCAUCAACGCGAUCAUAACGAACAAACUUGCCGAUCCACCCGGAUCCACGUACACAUACUCGGAUUUGAACUUUAUGAAUCUGCGUUUCGUGCUGGAGAGAGUUACUGGCAUGCCUAUCGAGGACCAGAUACGUUCGUUCACAGAGCCACUGGGUAUGACAAGCACAUUCUUCAACAAGGGCAAUGUUGAUGCCUAUGAUAAUCCCUACUACUCGCGCAUGGCACCGACGGAGUAUCAAAUUGAAGUACUGGGCCCCUCAGAGCCGCAACGUCCACAGCCUGUGCGCGGGACUGUCCACGACGAAAAUGCCUGGUCAUUGAAUGGCGUCAGUGGACACGCAGGACUUUUCUCUACAGCUGGCGACGUUGCCAUUCUCUGCCAAAUGAUUUUGAAUAAUGGCACCUACGGCGGACAUCGAAUCCUGAAACCGGAGACUGUGGACCUCAUGUUCACGAACUUCAACGGCAAAUUCCCUGGCGAUGAGCACAGUGUCGGUUUCGAGCUGGAUCAGUACUAUUUCUCGGGACCGAUGGCUAACAUGUUGGCUGGUGGCCAUACGGGAUUUACGGGGACGACCAUUUUCGUGGACCGAGCGUCUGAUACUUUCAUGGUGACCAUGUCGCAUCGUGUUCAUCCGAAUCGAAACUGGUCAAGCAAUAACCUCGUUCGUGAGGCAGUAGGGUAUUGGGUUGCUCGUUCGCUUGGUCGGGAUGUUGCGUUUCCAGCAUACUAG